AUGGCCGUGUCAAAAGUACGCGCACGGAAGCACAAGGUCUUCCGGUCCGUGUUUGACACCCACACAUCCUUUCCCACGCCCAUUCUCCCAGCCACUCAGCCUAGUGGGCACUUUGGCGGCCCUACUACCAUUUCAGCACCCAUCGCCCGCCUCGACCAUCACCACCGCCAUGUCAGCUCGGCUACCGCAGACCAGGUCCGCUGGGAUAGGGCAUGGCACGUCGUCACGUCGCGCAUCCAGCUCCCUUCAUCGGUGGCCGUCGAGGAUUCGUUCGGGGCAUUAACCCCGGAGACUCAGGAGACGGACGAGACCUUCAUCUCCUCUCUCGCCCUCGUCCUGGACCCUCACGACGCCCUGCCUCAUGCCGCUUACACCGAGGAUAUUCUGGUGUGGCACGCCCAGCAGGUCCGACAGCACUUUGUUAAUCACGUCAUGCCGCUCUUGUCUGCGUGUGCCGGCCAGGGAGGGGCCAGCGACGUGGUGCUCUCCAGCAUCCGCACUCUGGAAGCUGCCCACCGCCAGUACCUCUACGGCCUGUCGUUGGUAUUGCGUGGCAUUGGGAAUCCGUCCAAGUCCAAUGUUUCGGUUUCGCGUUUCCGCAAGGACCUACGCGCUACCAUUAGCAAUUCCUGGACGCCGGGGCUGCAAAGUGCCCUGCGCGUGGUCCUAUGUCAGCUCACAUUCGAUGUGCUAUGUUCUCGCCGCAUAUCAUCGGACUUGGAUGCAGACAGCUUCAUCAACGAGCCGCGCAAUGAACUUCUCGGGCUUGUUGAAUCGCUGCAAAAGGUGGGCUUGACUGGCGACAAGUUCCAGAUCCUGUUCGCCGAGGUCAUGGACAGCUGCAUGCGAACCUUCAUCCGGCAAAAGUAUGCCGGUAUGUGGACUGAGAUGGGCGGCCCUGCGGCGUCGCUGACCACUGCCACCUCGAUACUCACAGGCUGCAUGGCAGAUUUGUGCGACUGGGUAGAGAACCAGUACGGCCAGCUUUCCGUCUUGGUCUUCAGCCGGAUCGGCAUCCAGAUUGAGUACAGCGAGGUGGAGAGUUGGAAGGAUAUUGCCAUCGGACGCCUUGUUGGGCUCCGCAUCAGCGAGCUCUUUGAGAUCGUUCUACACUGGCCAGAGAGCAAAGGAGGCGUGGAAGACCUCCGCUCCGCUGUGACUACGCCGCGCCGCCGUCUCCAACUCACUGACACCUUCUCGGCUGCACUACAGAAGCGACUGCUUCACCCCGGCUGUUCCACACUCUACAUACUACAGACAUAUAUAUCCAUGAUUCGCACGUUUCACGCCCUAGACCACUCCAAGGUCCUCCUCGACCGCGUCGUCCAUGCUUUGCAGCUGUAUCUACGUCAGAGGGACGAUGCAAUUCGCAUAGUUGUGAUGGGCCUGUUAUCGAACCCCAAGGACCUCGAUGAGGAGGAGAGCAAGAAGAGACUAGGCGAGCUGGCCGUCAUUUUGAACGACCCGACACAACAGAAGCGCCGACAUGCAGAUGUUGAUGAGCUCGACUGGGAUGACAUGACGUGGGUGCCAGACCCCGUCGAUGCAGGCGUAAACUACAAGCGACCGAAGAGCGAGGAUGUCAUUGGAACUUUGAUAAGCGCGCUUGGGUCUCAAGAUAUCUUUAUCAAAGAGUUCCAGGCUAUCAUCGCAGAGCGCCUGCUCUCCAGCAGCCAGUCCGGCUACCAACAAGAGCUCAAGGUGCUCGGGCUACUCAAGAGGCGAUUCGGGGAGAAUGCUCUACAGAACUGCGACGUCAUGGUUAAGGACAUACACGACUCAAGACGGGUGGACGUGGCGCUGGGGAGGCACCUUGGCAAGGAGACGGCGACGGGAAGCGAAGCGCCGUCAUUCCACUCCAAAAUCCUGUCACGACUCUUCUGGCCCAGUCUGCCCAAGGAGUCGUUCAAAGUGCCGCUUCCCGUUGCCGAACUACAGGAACAGUACGAGGCAGGCUUCGAGCAGCUCAAAAACGCGCGCAAACUCAACUGGCUGGAUCACCUGGGUACGGCUACAGUGCAGCUCGACUUGACGGAUCGGUCCGUUACCGUCGAAUGCAAGACAUACGAGGCAGCCGUCAUAUACGCAUUUCAAGAUGAGACGGACGAUGAGUCGGCGUCGCCAGCACAGAAGACGUUUGUAGACCUCUGGCAGCAUCUUAUGAUUGACGAGGACCUUCUCGAGGCAGCACUAGCAUUCUGGGUGUCGCAAAGGGUUCUCAAGGACACAGGAAAUCAGACGUACAUCGUCAUGGAGACGCUCGAGCAGGAGGGUUCCGCAGAAGCCGGUGCGGAUGCCGAUGCAACCGGAGAUGAGGCUGAAGCGGAUACGUCGCAGCCGUCGCCACGAAAGGCCAAGGGCGUCAGCUCACAAGAGAAGGAGCGGCAGGGCGUAUACUGGCAAUUUAUUGUGGGCAUGCUGACCAACUCGGCACCGUCGAUGCCAUUGGGCCAAAUCCUCAUGAUGAUGAAGAUGCUUAUUGCGGACGGCUGCCCAUGGAGUAAUGAGGAGCUGCAGGAGUUUCUAGACGAAAAGGUGGCGGAGAAUCAGUUAGAGCUGGUCGGGGGGAAGUAUCGUCUGCCAAGGAAGUGA